CUCUCGUAGGGAACUUCACACUGGAGAGCCAAAAGGAGUGGAAGAGCCUGUCUUGGAGGUUUUCCCAGGGAAAUCCUGAGAUCAUUCAUUAUGAAGUGUACCACGCGGGAGUGGCUCCGAGUGACCACAGUGCUGCUAUUCAUGGCUAAAGCAAUUCCAGCCAUGGUCGUUCCUAAUGCCACUUUAUUGGAAAAACUUUUGGAAAAGUACAUGGAUGAGGAUGGUGAGUGGUGGACGGCCAAGCAAAGAGGGAAAAGGGCCAUCACAGACGAUGACAUGCAGAGUAUCUUGGAUCUUCAUAAUAAAUUACGAAGUCAGGUGUACCCAACAGCAUCUAAUAUGGAGUAUAUGACAUGGGAUGUCGAGCUGGAAAGAUCUGCAGAGUCCUGGGCUGAAACUUGUUUGUGGGAACACGGGCCUGCAAGCUUGCUUCCCUCGAUCGGACAGAACUUGGGAGCACAUUGGGGAAGAUACAGGCCCCCAACAUUUCAUGUACAGGCAUGGUAUGAUGAAGUGAGAGACUUCAGCUACCCAUAUGAACAUGAGUGCAACCCGUAUUGCCCGUUCAGAUGUUCUGGUCCUGUAUGUACUCAUUAUACACAGGUGGUGUGGGCAACGAGCAGCAGGAUAGGCUGUGCCAUUAACUUGUGCCAUAACAUGAACAUCUGGGGGCAGAUAUGGCCCAAGGCCGUCUACUUGGUGUGUAAUUAUUCCCCAAAGGGGAACUGGUGGGGCCACGCCCCCUACAAGCACGGGAGGCCGUGCUCUGCAUGCCCACCUAGCUUCGGAGGAGGCUGCAGAGAAAACCUGUGCUACAAAGAAGGAUCAGAGCGGUACUAUACUCCCCGAGAAGAAGAAACCAAUGAGAUUGAGCGCCAGCAGUCACAAGUCCAUGACAGCCACGUGCGGACAAGAGCAGAUGAUAGUAACACCAACGAAGUCAUAAGCAUGCAGCAAAUGUCCCAAAUUGUUUCUUGUGAAGUAAGAUUAAGAGAUCAGUGCAAGGGAACAACUUGCAAUAGAUAUGAAUGCCCUGCUGGCUGUGUGGAUAGUAAAGCUAAAGUUAUCGGAAGUGUAUAUUAUGAAAUGCAAUCCAGCAUUUGUAAAGCUGCAAUUCAUUAUGGUAUAAUAGACAAUGAUGGUGGUUGGGUAGAUAUCACUAGACAAGGAAGAAAGCAUUAUUUCAUCAAAUCUAAUAGAAAUGGCAUUCAAACAAUUGGCAAAUAUCAGUCUGCUAAUUCCUUCACAGUCUCCAAAGUAACAGUUCAGGCUGUCACCUGUGAGACCACGGUGGAACAGCUCUGUCCGUUUCACAAGCCGGCUUCACACUGCCCAAGAGUGUACUGCCCUCGUAACUGUCUGCAGGCAAACCCACAUUAUGCUCGUGUAAUUGGAACUCGAGUUUAUUCUGAUUUGUCCAGUAUCUGCAGAGCAGCAGUGCACGCCGGGGUGGUUCGAAAUCACGGUGGGUAUGUUGACAUUAUGCCUGUGGACGAAAGAAAGGCUUACACCGCUUCUUUUCAGAAUGGAAUCUUCUCAGAAAGUUUACAGAAUCCGCCUGGAGGAAAGGCAUUCAGAGUGUUUGCUGUUGUGUGAAACGAACACUUGGAAGAGGAGCAUAAAAGCUGUUCCAUAAAUGCCAUAUUUCUGAAGUUUGUAUAAAACUGUAACAUUACUGUACAGAAGACCACAACUAUUUUCAGCCCCCCCAAAAGUGCCAAACGCGUAUAAAUCUUGAUACACAAAGUCUGUAAAAUAAAACAUGGGACAUUAUUAGCUUUGGAAAAAGUACUGAAUAUGUAAUGGUUUAGAAAUCCUGUGUUAAAUAUUGCUAUAUUUUCUUAGCAGUUAUUUCUACAGUUAAUUACAUAGUCAUGAUUGUUCUACAUUUUAUAUGUUAUGUUAUAUGGUGCUUUGUACAUGCCACUAAUAAAAUGAAUAUAAACAUUGAAUGUGAAUGGCCCUCAGACAGUCAUCGGUACGUUUAAAAACAAUAGUGACAAGAAUAAUAACUCUAAAAAUGAGAGGAACCAUAUUACAUUUCCCCCAGUUUGAUGCUAUGCUGUUACCUAUUCCAAAUAAUCUCAAAUUAUUUUCCACUUAUUACCUGUAUAGAUUUUCUCUUGUGUUUAGGCAUAGAGGAUAUGUACUUCUUCUUUUGUAUAAAAUGAUCCUUAAUGUCCAAAUGAAUCUGCUAUAAUAUUUGAUUCCCUGGGAAUGGCUUUAGUAGUAAAUGCAAUGAGGUCAGAGUGGUGGCAGGAAGACAUUCCUAAUGGCCACACAGUAAACAAAGGGGUGAGCAUGGGCAGCCAGAGCUUUCUGUGUAUUGUUCACACUGACGUCACAUUUUCUUUUGUAUCCUGGCAAAUACUCCUGCAGGCCAGGAAGUAUAAUAGCAAAAUGUUUAAUGAAGAUAAACUAAUGUAUUGCAUCACCAUUGCCACUGAUUUUCUUAAUGGUAAAUGGCUGUGUGUAUAAAUGUUGCCAUAUUAUGGUACCUAUAAUGGUGAUAUAUUUGUUUCUAUGAAAAAUGUAUUGUGCUUUGACACUAAAAAUCUGUAAAAUGUUAAUUUUGGUAAUUUCUUUUAUUUUCUGCUGGUGAAUUUACUCUUUCCCUGUAAACAUAUUAAAAUAAUAGUGUUUCAAAGUAUUA